AAGAAAACAAUGAAGAGAGGGGAAUCGUAGCCCACGUCCCGUGGUUGUUAGAGAAGAAGCCUUGGUGUCUACUCCGUUUCCUGUUUGCAUCUACAAAGAUUUAGACUUGCGCUUCAGGUGCCCAUAUACUGACUUAAAAUUGGGCCAAGUAAACACAUCCCACAGAAUCUGCAAAGUUAUCUCAACUCUGAAACUGUUUUUGUUUCCUAUUUGAGUGAAAGUGCUCAAUUUGCGAACGGCAGGAAAUUGAAAGAAAUGGACGGUUUUCAAUGUAUCUCUUGCUGGGUACCUCUGGGUUUUGUAACGACAAUCCUGAUUAUUUCCUUGGCGAAGAAUGUAUCGUACUACUUGAAGGAAAAGAAAAGGAAAGAUAAAAUAUAUGAAGACUAUCAGCAAUACGACCCAAGCUCUGGUGAGUUCUAUACUGAAGAAUGCCCUGUUUAUGACAACCUGAAUCAUCAUCACCAUCAAGACAUACUAAAUGAAAGCUGCUAUGAACAAAUGAAUGCCCACCCUCACACAUCUGCCAAUGAAGUACAGCAGACAGCUGAGCGUCAGAUGUGCUAUGCUUCCUUAGAUCACAGUGUCAGGAGGAAACACAAAAACCCUCGAAAAAAAAAAUAUCCUACCUUGGAAGUGGAUGAAGACCAACUGACCAGAAGCAGCAACUUGCCCUCUGACACCUGCAUUUACCUCAACAGUGAACAACUGAACGCUGAGAACGAACUGUCUGAGGAUCCAACUCAUGAGGAUCCCCACAGACUAUUUGGGUUAAUUCACACUAUGAAUGAUGCCAAUUUUUAGUAGGAAUUUGGCCCAGCUGAGUUAUUGUAGCUGAUAAAUUUCUUGGAAAACAACUGAACAACUGGGUUGAUACCAGGUAGCUUAAAAACUAAUUACCUGUAGCUAAAUAGGAAGGAUGUUUGUUCAGUAAUAGCUCUACAUUUAUCUGACCUUGGCCUAGCAGGGUCCAUUUCCAAGUAGAUUGUCAACUGAGAAAUAAUAUACUGUGUGUGUGUGUAUAGGGAUGGGAUGACGCUAUGGUCUAAACAACUGAGCCUCUUGGGCUUGCUGAUUGGAAGGUCGGCGGUUCAAAUCCCUGCGACAGGUUGAGCUCCCGUUGCUCUGUCCCGCCUCCUGCCAACCUAGCAGUUCGAAAGCAUACCAGUGCAAGUAGAUAAAUACGGUAGGUACCACUGCGACGGGAAAGUAAAUGGCGUUUCCGUGCACUCUGGCACUCAUCCCAGUCCUCCUUGUGCCAGAAGUGGUUUAGUCAUGCUGGCCACAUGACCCAGAAAACUGUCGGACUGCUAGAUCGUAUCAACUUCUUAAUGGAAGACUUGACUGAACUGAAACUCCGUCUGACUGGGUGCUUAUGUAGAUAAGCCUGAUUCACACAGGAAAUUCCUUUUCUCCCCUCAUACUGUUUCAGAGCUGACCCCUUUCCCAUAAACGUGUAUGUACAAGCCAGGGCACAUAGCUAUGUAGCUAGAGCACUAGUCCAUAGAAGGAAGCCCUUAGGUCAGGCAUAGGCAAACUCUGCCCCCCCCCAGAUGUUUGCGACUACAAUUCCCAUUAUCCCUAGCUAACAGGACCAGUGGUCAGGGAUGGUGGGAAUUGUAGUCCCAAACAUGUGGAGGGCUGGAGUUUGCCUAUGCCUGCCUUAGGUCUCAUACUGGAAAGACUAAAGUGUUGUUAACUUUUCAACGUGAACCUUGUCCAUCUAUUAUGUAUUUAGGAUUUGCCACAUUGUACAUUUAGUAACACCAUGCAUAUUGUGUGUCUAGUAACAUGGUGUGAUAUUUAGGGCUAAUUAGUGAAUAAUGUUAACAACUUUGGUUCACCUAAUUUACACUUGUUCAACGAGCAGAUUUAAUGUCCACAUAUGUUUUGUUUCCUGCUGAUGAGUACUGCUAGAGCCGCUCCCCAUUGCUCAACGAGUGUGUAAUGUCUUGUGCAUCUGAAUUCAAUUGUCUGGAAAGAAAGGGGUAAAUGAGGUGUAAAAAUAAAUCUCCAAGGAAGAAUUUGACAUUCUUCUAGGUAUUUGAAUUAUGACUCUCUUUUUACACAGUACUGUAGUCUGUUUUAUAAUCUACUCCUUAUUAUUCCCCAGAUAUACUCACUUAGCCUAGUCUAAGGCUGUGCCUUGUAAUAAAUUUUAAAAAGAUUUUUUAAGUCCAGUACUGAAAAAAGAGUUGCAGUUAAGCAAAUUUAACGCCAUUGAAAUUGGUGAGUGGCAUUUAAGUGCAGGCUGUUGGAAAAAAAGGCUGGUUGAUUUAGGUUUGUGCCUUGAUGACCUGACACAUCUUCUACUAGCCUUUUAUAUACCAAGACAUCUUUUGUUAGUUUAAUGAUAAAUAUUUACAGAUGACAUUUGCUCCAAUUUUGUCCCCUUUGCCAAAAUGUUUAUUCAAAGUUAUCCUCACCUAAUGACCUAAUCAAGUAAAUUAAAAACUUAACAUUGUUGUUAAUUCAUGCUUGAUCUGUAGAACUGCACAAAUGCUAAUAUAUAUUGCUAGGCCAUCUGGCAGCCCUUAGCGUGCCAAAUUUCUGUGCUACCAAGCGUGUCUCCAUAAGUAGUUCAGGAUAAGUCUGCACUCAAAUGGAUGCACUGUAAAAACUACAGCCAGGCAUCUUAAUUUAUUUAUAAAAAAAUUAUUCAGUUUAUA